AUGAUGAUGCCUUCGCCUUAGUAUAACUUAAUCGAAGAAAUCGGAACAGAUGGUAUGGAAUACACACCAAGUGCAUCUUCAAAUCGUAAUAACCCCCCAUAGUAAUAUUAGCAAACAGAUUUUUCAGCCCAGAGUAUAGGCAAGGGAGUCAAUAAUAAUGUAAACACUUUUACAAUUGAUCAUAGCAAUUCCUAAUUAGAUUCAAACGACGCCUAUCUAAAUCAUCAAUAUUCACUAAUACAAAGAGAUUAGCAAACUCGGCAUCCAUAAGUUAGCAUGAGAAAUAAUUCAAUGUAAAAAACACCUAGCGUGCACAUUUCCCUUGGAGCUUAAGCCUAAGGUGAUUAAUAAAAUUAUUCAAGCAGUAAAAGUUUUUAGAGAAAUUUACAAACACCAGCUUUUCAAUCAAUGAAUAACAGUUCAGAUAUACUUCCAUCUAAUCAAUCUAUGAUGCAAAAUCAUUAAUAAAGUCAAUAGUAGGCAAUGAUAGACUCCUUAACAUUGAAAAUUAAGUAGCAAGCAGAAAAACUGCAAUUUUUGGAAAACUAUAAGACUCUGUGUGAGAGAAGAAUAAAAGACUACGACUCUAAUCAUCAAUUGCCAGUAUUACCCUCACAUAUUGGUCAGUCUAUUUCAAGCACAACAAGGAAUUAAAAUAACGAAGGUGUGUUGCAUUAGAGAAUAUCAGAUUUGUAGCUUGAGUUAUCUAAAUCACAGGACUUGAGAUCACGACUUCAGUAAGUCGAAGAAUCUUUGAGACUUGAAACUCUUCAAAAUGAGGAAUAAAGAGCUUAUAUUCAAGUUCUAAGAGAAAGUUUAGAUUAAAAACUGACUUAAAUGGGCAUGAUAUUCAAAUCUAAUCAGAUGCAUAAUACGGGAUUCAAUUCUAAUGUAGAUGGGUAUAUCUAACUUCUAAAUUUGCAGAGAUAAUAUGAUCAAUCUCUGAAGGAAAAUUAAAGAUUGCAAAAAAUUAUUUAAGACUAGCAGUAAAAAUUCUCAGAGACCGAGAUAAUCAUCAAUAAUUCUUAUCAAAACUAAAUAAAUGAUUUGAAAAACUAGCAUUUGUUGGACUAUAAUAAUCUUAAUGAAAAAUUAAACUCGGUUAGAUCGAAGAAAAAGGGUUUGAAGCAGGAAAAAAAUUAAUUGCUAGAUUUUGUUGAGGAAUCUCUUCAUAAGCAACAAUAGGAAGAACAAAUUAAGACAGAGCUACAGAGUAACCUAAGGGAUAGGGACAGUUUGAUUAAUUAGUUGCAGUUAUAAAUAGAGGACGUUAACAGAGAUAAGCAGAAUCUUGAUAGCCUUCUCACACAGGUUUAGCACAAUCUAAGAACUAUGAGAGAUGAAAAAGAAAAACAGCAGAAAAUCAUAGGGGAUCUAAAUAGUAUGAAUGAAGAAAACGAUUAAAAUAUAAAGGACUUGAAAGAAAUACUAAGAGAUUUGGAAGAGUAACUAGCAAGUUUAAAGGCACAGACAAAUGAGAAGGAAAGACAAUUGAGUGACAAGUCAUUAGAUGUAAGGAGGUUGGAGACAGAUAACAGUAGGAAAGACAGAGAAAUCGAAUCAAUGAUUAGAACCUAAAAUGACAUGUCAAGAGAGAAAACUUCUAUGAUUGAUUUACUCAAAGGCUAGUUAGAUGAUUAAACGAAAAAAGCAAUGGCACUACAAGAUGCUAAUUAUUAGCUAUAAAAGACUUUAAAUGCAACCUAGUAUGAGCUAGACGGACUGAUAAAAUAAUUUGAGACUAUUUCAUAAUCUUAUAAGCUUCAGACCAAUGAAUUUGUUAUCAUUAAGAAACAACUCUAAGAAUCAUAGGUAGAAAUAGAUUAGAGAACCAGAACAUACAAUGACUUAAAGAACAAAGAAUCACAAUUGCAAAGAGAACUUCAAGAUUUAUAUGGUUCAUUAUCUAAUAAGUCUAAAAUAGUCAAGGACUAGGAACUAAGACUAAUGAAGACUCUCUAAGAGAAAGAUGAGGAGCUGCAAAACUUGAUAAGGAAAUAUGAAACUUUGAUGGAUUAGUCUAAGGAACAGACAAAUAAGAUAAAUUACUUGGAGAGAGUUAGAGAAGAGAAGGAUUAAGAGACAGAUAAACUCAAGAGUACUAUCGAGCUGAAGAAAAACAUAAUUGAAGAUAUGUAGCAGUAACUAAGCAGGACUAGAGCAGAUUUGGAAACACAACAUAUGACUACUCAGAGAACCUUAAAUCUUGCUCAAACUGACUUGGAGAAAAAAGACUAAGAUUAUUAGAUGCAGUUAACUAAAACAUAAGAAGAAUUAAGACAGAUAAGAGAGUAGAAAAAUUUGGCAGAAAGAGUUCUGGAUGAUAAAAGUUUUAAGUUAAGAGAAAUUGAGGUUGAGAAGUUAAAACUAGACGACAAGGUAAGGAGACUUGAGUCUGAACUAGGAAAGCUUGAGACUAGGUUUUCAAGGGAUAAGGACAGAUCUACUUCGGUCUAAGAGGAGCUUGAUAGACUGAGAGGUCAAAGAGUUGAUGAUGCACUGUUGAUAGAAAGCUUACGAGCAUCACAAGAGAACUUGAGAACUGGAAUGAAUGACUUGAUAGGCAUUUUCUCAUCCUUUUAGCCUUACUUAGAUCAUAUAGUAUCCCAAGAAGCCUCAGGUAUAGAUCUAGCAACUAAAGAACUGACAACUCUCUAUGAAUAAAUUAGCUAACUUAAGGUAGUCAAAAAUGAUUAAGAAAUAAAUGCCUAGAUAAUGCUACUAAAAGAUUGUUUAACCAGCUUCAUUGUCUACACUAAAAGUAUCAACAGGUAAAAUAAAGAGUAACUGACUAAUACAUUCCAAUUAACUCAAUAGCAUAAGCAAACAAAUCCAAACAACUAGUCAUAUCUUGAUAGUCCUCCCUAGAAAGAAGAUUGGAAUGUUCCUUAAAGAAUAAACAAACUAGCCUAUCAAUAAGCUUAUGCAAACCAGAUAGAAGAUGACUCAGCAAAUAUCAUGAGACUUCAAGCCACUAACGAGAACUUAAAACUCUCAUUAGAGUAGUUAAACUAAGAGAAAGAGAAGAUGUAUCAACUUAAGUCUAAGUUUGAGUCUCUAGAGGAGCAACUUACCAAUGACAAGGAGCAUAUUAAUCAUUUGGAGACUCUAAUCAGGAAAUUAAUAGCCAUUAAAUCACUAGAUCCUAAGUUACAGAGAGUAAUGAGUGAUAUGUUCUUAAAUCUAAGGGACAUAAUCUUGCUUAAAACUGACAAAGGUGCUCAGGUCAGAGGUCUGAUGCAAAAAGAGUAGAGAUAUCACACUCUUAACAAGGCAAAUGUAGGAGGACUUCAGACUUAUCAAAGAGAGAUUAGCUUGCUUAAGGGAAGUAUAGAAAGAGAGAGGUAAAAUAUCAAGGAACUGGAUCAGAGAAUAGAAGAGCACUCAAGAAGAUAGGAGAUAUUGCAAGAAGAGAUGUAAAAUUUGGAUUUAGUUCUUGCAAAUAAAGAAAAUCAACUAGAUAUUUAAAGUUAUGGGCUGCUUUAGGAAAAUCAUGAACUUAAGAAGCAAAAUGAAAAAGUCUCUUAGGAUAAAGAAUGGGCUGAAAGAAGACUUCAAGAACUUGAAGAUCAGUUGAAUAGAUUCAACAUGCCAUUUGGAAGCAGAAAAGACACUAUUGAAAAAGACAUCAAUUAGCAAGCUUUUGAAGGAUAAGAGGAUAAUCAAAGACUACAUUGGCAGAAGAAAAAGGAAUAUUAGACUUUCGUGAAUGAAUCAAAUUACGACAGCCUAGCUAAUCCUCACAGAGAUAAUAAUUACAUCGAUAUUGUGUCUUAAAAGCAUCAGCCAUUCAACAGACAACAAAGUCCAGAUAGAAAGCCACUGGGACUAGGCAAUAAUAUAGGAGGUGCGGUAGGCAAUAGCACUGUUUUGGGAUAAGAUUCAUACUCACUUGAAGGAUAUGUAGCUUAGAAAUAAGGCAUGCAGAAAAAGAAUCUAGACGGUGAAUUCAGGUCGGUAGGCUAAACCAAGGUAGCACCUUAUGCAAUAAGAGAAGAGUCAUAUCCAUCACUCCUCUCUCCAGCUUAAUCCAAUUAUAAUCAAAAUGAAAGAACAGGCAAUUACACUUAUAAUCAGCACUCUCUGGAAUAAUACGAAUUCGCCAACAGUAGUGCUCUAAUAAACAACUAAAGAUCAGGGUAUCAUCAAAAUAUUCCCUAGCACAGCCAUCAAGUAUCAAUCGGCGGUGAAUCAGACUAGCAAGCAACUAGUUAACUUAAGAAUAAGAUCUAGCAGGUGAAAAGUAUGUUCAACUAGAUCAGGAAAAAUAUAGAUGAGUGA